AGGUGAUGAGCGGUUCAUUCAAAUUCAUGUUUUGGGGUGCUUUGGCGGGUCAAAAAUGCAAGAUUCUACCUUUUUGUUUGCCGGCGGCAGCUUUGUCUCUUUUCGUUUUUCCACUGUCGCGCUCGUACUCCACAAAAAUGCCUGUCGAAACUUCCAGGUUUUUGCGUUUUGUCAAGCUCUCUCCUAAAGCUUUUUCACCAACCAAAGGUUCAGAUAAAGCUGCAGGAUUUGAUAUCAAAAGUGCCUACAGCUAUGUUAUACCUCCUCGGUCAAAAGAGAUGGUAAAGACAGACUUACAAAUAGAGUUACCAGAAGGUUGCUACGGACGCAUCGCUCCUCGUUCUGGCUUGACUUGGAAGAACGGGAUUGAUGUUGGAGCGGGAGUUGUGGACGAAGACUACAGAGGUGACAUCAGAGUGAUUCUGUUCAACCACUCUGAUGAGCCGUUCACGAUUCAACCUGGUGACAGAAUCGCUCAACUGAUAUGUGAGAGGAUCUACUACCCUGAACUGCAGGAAGUUGAGGAAUUGAAUCAAACUAACAGGGGUUCUGGCGGAUUCGGUUCUACUGGGAAGAAUUGAAGUCGUUGAAAAUUGUGUUCCUCUUUCUUGGUGAUAAUUAGAUUAACUGAUUAGUCAUGUGUAUAUAACAAACUUUCUGGUCGUUUUCCUUGUUGUGCAAGUUAAUAAGUUGGUAGAUUUGUCCUUCAUAAUUUAAUUUAAGUGGUGUUUUUUAUAUAGUACAAUGGCCCAACUGACCAUCCUCUUUGCUUAUUGUAAGGAUUAGUGAUGUUUAAAUCCCUUGAAUGAAUAUUCCUUCUCUUAAAGGAAGAUAUAAAAAAGUAAUUAAUUUCCAAGUUAAAAUUGUUGCUACGGAGGUCUAUGCCUUUUUUAAAUUUAUGUUUGUAACAUUUGUGCCCAAAUAUGAUACUCCUGAUUUUGCUUUUAUUCAAGCUUUUCGACUGAUAUGUUUUUCUUUAGUAUUAUACUUUAAUAAAGCGUGUUUUGUAAAGAAUUGGUAA